AUGCCAUCCUUUCCAGAGUACCACUCAUUUGACACAGGAGUACCUCUAUAUCCUUGGAAUGUGCCAAGUGACCCUUGGGAGCGAAUUCAUCUCGACUUUGCUGGCCCAUUCGACAACCGAUUCUGGUUAGUAGGAAUCGAUGCUUACUCAAAAUGGGUUGAGAUCGAAGUUAUGGACCGUACUACAACUGCUGCUCUUGUAAAUAGAUUAAGGACUUGGUUUUCGAGGUAUGGUAUUCCUAAAAAAAUUGUAUCCGAUAAUGGCACCCCCUUCACGUCCCAUGAGUUCAAGACUUUUUGUAAGAACAAUAACAUAUGCCAUGUCACAUCGGCGCCGUAUCAUCCAAAAACCAAUGGUUUAGUAGAGAGGAUUAUUAGAACCUUCAAGAGUCGAUACAGUGCUUGCAAACAAGAAGGUCUCAGCUCAUCACUUACACUUUUACAAGUGUUGCUUGCUUAUCGAAACACCCUACAAAAGACGACAGGACAACCCCCAUCAGUCCUUUUCUAUGGUAGAAGAAUACCAACAGCUUUGGAUAGGUGGAGGUGUAAUAGCAGAGAGAGAAUAGAAAAUCAAGUGUGGCGACAGAAGUACUACCACGACUUAAAAUCCAAACAAAAGGAGUUUUCUGCCAAACAAGAAGUGUGGGUUCAAAAUGAAACGAAGAAGGGAGACCAGGAACAGUACAAGAAAGGACAGGAGAGCUCUCAUACACAGUUUUAG